GGGGACAGACAGCGUGUGACCACCGCCCCCCCCUCCCCCGGUGCACUGACACCGGCUCCCCUCGCGCUUCUCUCCCCCCUCAGCUCGCAGCGUUUUCCCGAUGUUAAUCUGAUCUGUGUCGGUUGUUGUCGGUGGUUGCUCGUCAUGGCGAGCUACCGGGCGUUUCACUCUCAGCUGACGGGCAUCAUGGAGACUCUGGCCCGAGCGGCGGUGGCGGAGAUCUGCGAGCUGCUGGACGGCGGCUACGCGGGGCUGCAGGAGGCGCUCGGCCGCAGCCAGCGGGAGAACGAGGCGCUGCGGCGGCGGCUGCGGAGGAUCGAGAGCCUCGUCGCCCGGAGCCACCGCGGCGCCAUGCUGGGGUGCGGCGGGCCGGAGGGGGAGGCCGGCGGGGGGCUGCUGGACCUCGGUGCCGGACGAGUCCCACCGACCGGAGUGAGCUCCAAACGGCCGAGAGCCUCCAGCCUCCAGCGCCACAGAAGGUCUCCUGCUCCAGAGGAGACAGCAGCAGUGGACCAGGAGACGGAGGAUCCGUCUGCAGCAGCUGAGGACACAAGCGAUCAGGACGUGGUUCUGAUAAAGGAGGAAGCGGUGAAAACAGACGAGGACGACGAUGAUGAGGGAGAAGAAGAGCUGCUCAACAAGGGCGGGCCCGAGGAGCAGCCCUCAGCAGAUGACAGUGACGAGGGACCCUCUGGGAUGAUGAUCUCCACCUCAGACAUGAGGUUCUGGGAUCAGACCAGUAACAGAACGUCAGAACCACCGGUCGACCACAGAGAUUCCCUCAGUGCGCCGGGCUCCCCGGGUCCCGCGGAGCUCACUGACAGCAGCUCAUCGGACGUGGUGUUUGACCUGGCGUCAGAGUCGGACUGUGGCGCUCUGUCCUCGGCCUCGUUGAGGAAGCCCUUCUUGCUCGGGGCGGGGGAAAGUCCUGCCUCGCUGCCUGGGACCUCUGAGCUGAAGAGGGGCGUGUCUCUGAUCAGCUCCCUCCCCUACGGCACCGAGCUGGACCUCUGCUCCUCAUGGCCUGGGCAGGGCCUCCCCAGCAUGGUGCCCGUCCCACACCGGCCGUAUCUCAAAGCGGACCACCGUCCGACGCUCAUGGACAAAGUGUGUGACUUGAACGCUGCAGGCUUCCCCUUGACACUGGGCCUAGGCAGCUCCAGACUGGACCCUCUGGACCUGAACAGGUACUGCAGGGACAGACGCUUCAUCUGCAGCUACUGUGGGAAGUGCUUCACGUCCUCACGGAGCCUGGAGACACAUGUCCGCGUCCACACAGGCGAGCGGCCGUACAGCUGUGCUCAGUGCGGGAAGCGCUUCACGCAGUCGGGUCACCUGAAGACGCACCAGAGCGUCCACACCGGAGAGCGGCCCUUCGCCUGCGAGCACUGUGGGAAAAGAUUCGCCGGGAAGCAGAACCUCAGGAUCCAUCAGCAGAAACACCACCCGGCCGAGCAGGGGGCGGCCGCCGCUCAACAUCCUGCUGUGAUCCGCAUCCUGUCCAGACUCGGGAUCGAGAGCUUCCAGAUGAAAACAGCUUCCUGUAGAAGAAGACUGACCGAACGGUGUCGGUGUCCUGAAGGUUCUUGGAGCGGCUCGUCCAGCGGCUGUGGGCCGGAGAGGAGCAGCGGCAGCUGGGCCUGGUUCACCCGGAGCGGCGGCGGGAUGUCGGCUCUCACCAGCCGGGCGCUGCAGGAGCAGCUGGCCGCCAUCAUGGCCGCGCUCACCACGGCAGCGGUGUCGGAGAUCUGCGAGCUGGUGGACGAGGGCUACGCGGAGCUGCAGCUGGAGAUCCGCCGCAGCCACCGGGAGAACGAGGACCUGAAGCAGAAGCUGCACCUCAUCGAGUCCAUCGUGCUCCGGGGCGGCGGCGGCGGGAAGGCGCCGGAGCCGGAGGUCCAAGCGGCCGCGGAGGUGUCACUUGAGGCGGGGACACCUCCGCGGCCGGACGGAGGAGCCGCGGUGCUUCAGCGGGAGGAGCUUCCAGAGGUGGUGCUGAUCAAAGAUGAAGACUCGGACAGUGACGACACCUUUGAGGAAGAUAACAAACCGAUGGCUGUGGCCAUUUCAACUCCAGUGGGCCGAAGCGUGAAGAGACGCUGGCCGGGACACGAGGAGACGGAGAGGCAGUCGUCCUCCGAGCAGCUCACCCUGAAAACCUCCAGACUGACCGCGGGGACGCCGAAGACGGGCGUGGUGGUCUACUCUCUGGACUCCCCCCGCAGCGAGCCGGGCUGCUCCGGGCAGUUUGGCGGCGAGGAGGUGAAGGCUGACUCCUCCCACAUGGACCCAGACGUCCACCUGGUCCACCAGGAGUGCUCGAUGAUUUCUCCGACCUCAAACAGACAGACUUAUUUUGGGAGCAGCUCUCUGAUGGAGUCUCCGACCAACAGGGCGGAAAUGGAUCUCAGUCUCACGUGGUCCAAACACUCAAAGGGUCAGAUGCCCUUUCCUCAGUUUCACCAGAAUGAAAACGUGGACGGUGACGGUUUCGGGCUGAAGCUGAUCAGCGUUUCGGGAUCGACCUCCACAGACUGCCAACUCUCUGAGAGCAGCAACUCUGCGUUUGAGUACGAGGACGCUGAGGUGAUGAACUUCGCCCUCUACAGGGACCCGUCAGGUCCGUCCCAGGCCGGGCAGCCGAGCAGCGACUGCUCAGGGAAACGCUUCAUCUGCUCCAUCUGCAGCAAGACGUACGCCACGUCCCAGAACCUAGAAGUCCACAUGCGUAUCCACACGGGGGUGAGGCCGUUCAUCUGCUCUCAGUGCGGCAAGAGGUUCACCCAGUCGGCUCACCUGAAGUCGCACCUGAGCGUGCACUCCGGGGAGCGGCCGUACGCGUGCACCUUCUGCUCCCGGAGCUUCAUCGUCAAGUACAGCCUCAAGUUACACAUGAAGAAAUGUCACCCAACCGUCCGAGGGAAUGAGUGUGAUCUGUAAAUAUGUUUUAAAGAUCAGUUAUUAAAUGGUGCAGGAGCUAAAUGAGCCCCGGUGGUUUUCACCUAAUAAUCAUUUGGCAUCAUGAAGAAAUAAUUGUUAUUAUUUUACCAGAAAAACUGCCAAAUAUUUGAUGGUUCCUCAUUUGUCUUUUAACACGAUGACACUGAAUGAUUGGUUUUGCCAUUUUUAAGACAUAACAUGUUAUUUAUCUGAUGCUUUUAUCCAAAGCGACUUACAAUUAGUGCAUUCAACAUUUAAUGGGGGCCAUUCAGGGUUCAGCAUCUUGCUCAAGGACACUUCGGCAUGCAGGUGGGGAAGACUGGGAUCGAACCACCAUUCCUCUGGCUGGAGGACGAUCGCUCUACCCCCUCAGCCACAAAGCCCCAUUUGUUUUAUAGAAUUCUUUUUGAAGAGAAUCUCAAGUUUAGAGUAUAUCAUUCUUAUUUUAGAGUGACACUUCAAAGUUUAACUUGUGUACAGAUUAAAGUGUUUUAUAUAAAAGGCUGAUGGUUGUGUAAAGAGCUAAAUACAUAAAUGCAGUCGGCCUUUCCUGUUAAUAAAGAAUGGAAUCGUUUUGUAUUGGUUAAUGUGUUUGUUGAAGGUGAAUUCAAAUUUCACUUGAGGAAUUUAAGAUAUAAAAAUGUCCAAUGUUGUAGUUUGUUAUCAAACUUUGUUGUUGAAGCAGUUAUCUUCUUUUUUUCUUGUAGGAUUAAAAUGUUUUCUAGAGAAAUCAGACGAGAAAAGUUUUGUUUUAUUGUGAUGAUAUAAUUUGCUCUUUAUUCAAAAUAAGUUUGAUGUUUUUUCCAGCUCAUCAGAUAAUAAACUACUGACGGUGUCUCGGUUUAAACUUUAAAUUUCAUGAAGUAUGAUUCCCUGUGCGUGAUGUGUGAUUAACACUUUCAUGUUAGAGGCCUGUGCUUUAUUUUGAAACGACUGUUCCACAGAAAUGGGAUCAAAUGUAUAAAUAUAUAUAUAUAGAUUCGACUAAGACGUGGAAAACAAAGACAUGAUCACAAAACGAAAAUAAGUAAUUAAUAAAAAGUAAAAUAACCCAAAUGA